AUGGCAACCGAAAGACUCAACUCCAUCCUCAGCCACCUCAGCCCCAGCAAGAGCGGACUGUCUGCAAUAACCCAGAAGAACGCCGACGAUGUAGUCAUCACACUCGCCAUAAGGACGCCCCUGACCAAAGGCUUUAAAGGCGGCAUGAAAGAUACUUCGCUCGACUUCAUAGUUUACCAGCUGCUCAAGAAGGUCAUCGAGAAGUCAAAUAUCGACCCGCAGAUGGUAGAGGACAUUUGCCUCGGAAAUGUAUCUAACGGUAAAGCCGCCUACAUCGCCCGUGCUGCCUCCCUUGCUGCCGGCUUCCCCACGACGAGUGCCGCAUCCUCCGUCAACCGCUUCUGCUCCUCCGGUCUGAAAGCCGUGCAAGAUAUCGCCAACCAGAUCAGUAGCGGUAGCAUCGAAUGUGGUGUUGCCAUUGGCGCCGAAUCAAUGUCGGAAGGCGGCGACCGCCUCGAGAAACCCUUCCAUGACGCACUUCUCCAGAACCAAGAUGCCAAGGAUUGUAUGCAACCCAUGGGGCAGACAUCAGAGAACGUGGGCAAUGACUUUGAUAUUUCAAGGGAAGCGCAAGACAAAUUCGCAGCCGAAUCGUAUCAGCGUGCGGAGAGAGCGCAGAAGGCUGGCUGGUUUGACGACGAGAUUGUGCCGUUUGCCGUUACCAUCAAAGACCCCAAGACCGGCGAGGAGAAAAAAGUCACAUUGACAAAAGACGAGGGACCGCGUUACGGAACCACAUUCGAGUCGCUCAGCAAGAUUCGCCCCGCUUUCCCAGCCUACGGCGAUAGGAGCACAGGUGGUAAUUCUAGCCAAGUGACCGAUGGAGCGGCCGCCAUUCUCCUCAUGAAGCGGUCCACCGCCCAAAAGAUGAACCAGCCUAUCCUCGCGAAAUUCUGCGGCGCCACUGUUGCCGGAGUUGCUCCUCGUAUAAUGGGUAUUGGGCCCUCCCUCGCCAUUCCCAAGCUCCUCGGCAAAUUCAAUCUAAACCUCCAGAAGGACGUCGAUAUCAUCGAAGUCAACGAGGCUUUCGCUUCGAUGGCUGUCUACUGCACAAAUGUCCUAGGUAUCGACCCAUCGAAAAUGAAUGUGAGAGGCGGAGCUAUUGCGUUAGGGCAUCCGCUGGGAGCUACAGGCGCCCGACAAAUCUGUACUGGGCUGAGUGAAUGCCGAAGACAGAAGAAGAAGAUAUUGUUGACGAGUAUGUGCAUUGGGACAGGUCAGGGCAUGGCGGGUCUGUUUGUGAAUGAGCAGUUGUAA